GAUGUAUCACUCUCCACAUUCAAUGUCAGUUUCAUAGUGUACUUUUCCCCAUGUCAGAAGCAUGCAAAUGAGUUCCAAAUCAUCAAUUUAAAAUUUCCAAUCGCGCAGCACUCGAGACCCAAGAACGGAGCAUAUGUAAAACCAUUGUCUUGAUGUGGUUUGCCAUAAGAAAAGUCGACAAAUGAAUCCAGUUUAAACCACCUCCGAACGACUUUAUCUAAUGCGCUCUAGAGCGCCUAAUGUAGUUUGUGUCUGUGCACUGACGCCUUAUUUCCUGAUGCGCAUCAGUUCAUAGCGCGUUUUAUGGAAAAAGGGUUGGGAAUAUGUGUCUCCACAAUGACAAUCUACCUACAACUGGUAAAAAGUUGUCAUGCCGUGCGAGCGUGCUGCUCAUGUGACUUCUGCCUGCUGCGGCGCUCAGUCUCAACAUACGCACACCCCUCCGCCCCAUCCCCACCACUAACACAUUCAGCAACUCGGCUGACUUACUACCUGAUAGUUAGCAGCAGCAGGUCACAGUGAAAUAUUUGAAAGAAAAAUGCCAUGGCGGCCGCGGUGCAAUUUAGCCCAAAAACCUGCAACCCGCGAUCAAUAGUUUGACCGGCGACAUCUUUUUGAAAGUAGCCAAUCAGGCAGCAAACUGGAGAUCGCAACUCUGCCUGCCAGAGUGCUGCUGUAUAAAAAGAGAAUAAAGAUAGUAUCUCCUAGCAACGCGAAUUCUAUCAUCAAUACGUUAUGGGAUAUUCGUAUACGUCACUGUUGCCAUAGCUACGUCUCUGUCAAAUACACAGGUUUCAUUUCUUGUGUCAGGGGAGGCUAAAAUAAACAAUGGCUGAAAAAAAGUUCAAAGGAGCCCCGUUUGGAACACAGACAUCGAGGUUUGAUGUGUCAGCGGUCCAUCCAGCCAAUAAGAGAGCAGGGACCUACACAGAGAUCCCCUACUGCAAAAAGAUGACCAAUGACCUGGAGAGGCGGCUGGGCCCGGGGUCCUAUGAUGCUGCAGGCCAUGGGGACUUCAGUAAACGGUCGGUGGCAGAGCGGGCCAAAGGGCCGGGGUGGCAGAGGGCCCAGGAGACUGCCAGGUUGGCAGCCAUACCUCACCUCCUCUACAGGGAGGCCUGGGAAAACAAACGCUUCCUGAAAACUAAAGUGGGUCCAGGAACCUACAGAGUAGCAGACUUUAUAGAGGAACUGCAGAAGAAACCAGGCAGUGUGAGAGGAGUGUGUGACAGCAGGGAAGAGCGGUUCAGAAAUGCACAGAGCUGGACGCCAGGCCCUGGUUGCUAUGGUAAUGGGGGUGUUCCAUGGGCAGCGCUGGAGGAGAAGAGGUCGGGGUUAUAUGGGGCUCCUAGCAUGCACCUCAGCUCCUCACUGCAACGCUUCCCAGAAGGCAACAGUACAGACUGUGGGCUGAGUCCCUGUACCUAUACUCUAAAGAGCAGCACAGAGGCGUUGUUGGCCAGCGGCAGCAGCAGGAGAGGCGCAUAUGAUCUCUUCACUGGACCACGAGACAAACCCAUCACCGCUGGAUACUUCGCUACCCCGAAGUGUGUAAAUCUAACUCCAGGGGAGUACCCCAGUGGGUGUGGGGGCUUUGGAGAGGAGUUGUGUCGUCGUGAAAAGCGGAACCACGGUGUGUUUGGAAUGUUGGAUCAGUACCCAGUUGUUCCAACAGAGAGAAUCUACCACAGCACCCUGUCCCAAUGCCCUCGACCUGCUACGUUCCCAGGGCCAGGGUGGUAUGAGGUCGUCUCUCCACAGUCCCGUCCAGAGAGUCACACCCAUCCCCCCUUCCUCUCCUCUGCCCCCCGUGCCAGCCGUAGGACAGAAAGAUUGCAGAACGGAAAUUAUAGCAUGGUUGGUCCUGGUCGUUAUGACAUUGCAGAAAAGGGGUGUAGUAAGACUGACAAUGGCUACACCUCCUCCUUCAGUUCCCGGACACAGAGAUAUCUUCACAAACCAGACAGAGACAAACACACACAGGAGAGGUUGCGUGCGAUAAAUGUUCCGGUGGACAGACUGAGUUUCCUGGUGCAGCCUGGAAGGAACACUUUGAUGAAAUCAGCUUAGACACACACAUCGAAGCAUCAUGGAACAAAGACUCCGGAUACAUGUUUACAAACCAUCAGAUUUCAAGUUUAGUUUUUCAACUAUAUUAAAAUCAAUAUUGAUCAACA